AUGGCAAACUAUUUAUCUGCCAUCGUAUGCGCGUAUAUUUUGUUAGUUGUGGCGCAAGCAGCAUUGAAUAUUUCACUUAAAACAACCAUCUCUGUAGAUCCAGAAUCGACCUACUUAAUACUUCCUGAUUAUCAUGGGAAUAUCAAUCAGAGCUUUCUCGACACACAAACAAGCAAUGCGAAUUUAUCAGUCUUACUCACUUCCGCAAAGUCCAGUGCAUUCAUAUCCUACGAUUCAGAAUUCCUGAAGCUCUUCGGAACAAAUCCCACAGUCACUCUUGUUGCUCAAAGAAAUUAUUCCUUUGCGAAUGAAGCCGGUAUCUGGGUACCUGAUCGCAAUGAAGUGUGGUUUACAAGCUCCUCAAUAGAUGAUACCACGACGAUCUCGGUUCUGAACCUCAACACCUCCAAGAUACACACCCCAAACACCAGUAUCCCCAUGAUAAACCCUAAUGGAGGCACUUACUUCGACCAUCUUGUAUACCUCGCUGGUGAUGGCAAUGCCACUAUUUCUCCUGCAAUCUAUGCUAUAGAUCCAGCCACGGGCUACACAGAAAUUAUCAUAAACUCCUACUUCGGUGUUUCGUUCAAUGGACCUAAUGAUCUCACAUGGGUAAAUCAUCAUGGAACUCCCUAUCUGUUCUUCACCGACGAUCCGCUCUCCUCCCUUUACGAUGGUGGACCACCAGCUGUUCUCCCAGAUGCCGUUUGGCGUUUCUCUCCUACUACAAAGUCUCUUGUUCCUGUUAUAUCUCGUGCGGAUAUUUUAGUACCUAAUGGAAUCAACGUUAAUGCUGCCAUGGAUACCCUCUACAUUACAGAUACCACACCUAUCACCACAGCCAACUCUGGUGGAUAUAAUUCCGGCUCCAACGCUAUUUAUAAGUUCGACCUCGAUGCCGACAUGUUUCCUAUCAACAAAAGACUUAUUGGAAUCUCGAGAAUGGGCAUUCCGGAUGGUAUCCAUAUAGAUGAUAAGAAUAGAAUAUGGACGGCUGAGGGUGAAGGAAUUGUAGUAAGAAACAACGUCGGAAAGGUGUUGGGGUUGUUUAAUGCGGAAGUCUUCCUUGAUGAUCCGGCGGGAGAACCGGGUAUUGAGAUUGCAAAUUUUGCUUUGGCGGGCGACGUCUUGGUUGUGGAAGGAAGUGGAAAGUUAUGGACUGUGAAACUUGCGGAGGUGGUAGUGAGUUCAGAUCGCUAUAUACUUUGA